GCGCUGCAGUCCUCUGUGGACUGAUCAGGUGGCUGCAGAGCUCGGGCUCACAGCCGCACAACGCAGCUGAGCGGGCAAGCACAGCCCACAGCCAGAAGCGGCUCCCACUCUCCAGAGCAAGGCGACCUUUAAAGCUUAAGUUUCCCGGAGAAAAUGAGAUGCUGCUGCUGAAGACGACACUAUGGCUUUGAUGGAAUAUCAGAUAUUGAAAAUGUCUCCCAGCUUGUUCAUCCUUCUGUUUCUGACACCUGGUAUUUUAUGCAUUUGUCCUCUCCAAUGUAUAUGCACAGAGAGGCACAGGCAUGUGGACUGUUCAGGCAGAAACUUGACUACAUUACCAUCUGGACUGCAAGAGAAUAUUAUCCAUUUAAAUCUGUCUUAUAACCAUUUUACCGAUCUUCAUAACCAGUUAACCCAAUACACCAAUCUGAGGACCCUGGAUAUUUCAAACAACAGGCUCGAAAGCCUGCCUGCUCAGUUACCUCGGUCCCUCUGGAACAUGUCUGCUGCUAACAACAACAUUAAACUGCUUGACAAAUCUGAUACUGCUUAUCAGUGGAACCUUAAAUAUCUGGAUGUUUCUAAGAAUAUGCUGGAAAAGGUUGUUCUCAUUAAAAAUACACUGAGAAGUCUUGAGGUUCUCAACCUCAGUAGUAACAAACUGUGGACAGUUCCAACCAACAUGCCCUCCAAACUACAUAUCGUGGACCUGUCUAACAAUUCCUUGACACAAAUCCUUCCAGGAACAUUAAUAAACCUGACAAAUCUCACACAUCUUUACCUGCACAAUAAUAAGUUCACAUUCAUUCCAGAUCAAGCUUUUGACCAACUCUUUCAGUUGCAGGAGAUAACCCUUCACAAUAACAGGUGGUCAUGUGACCACAAACAAAACAUCACUUACUUAUUGAAGUGGAUGAUGGAAACAAAAGCCCAUGUGAUAGGGACUCCCUGUUCUAGCCAAAUAUCAUCUUUGAAGGAACAUAGCAUAUAUCCCACACCUUCUGGAUUUACCUCAAGCUUGUUCACCCUAAGUGGGAUGCAGACAGUGGACACCAUUAACUCCCUGAGUAUGGUAACUCAGUCCAAAGUGACCAAAACCCCCAAACAAUACCGAACGAAGGAAACAACGUUUGGUGCCACUCUAAGCAAAGACACCACCUUUGCUAGCACCGACAAGGCUUUUGUGCCCUACCCCGAAGAUACGUCCUUAGAAACCAUCAAUUCACACGAAGCAGCAGCUGCAACUCUAACUAUUCAUCUCCAAGAUGGAAUCGUUACAAACACAAGCCUCACUAGCUCAACAAAAUCGUCCCCAACACCCAUGACCCUAAGUAUCACUAGUGGCAUGCCAAGUAAUUUCUCUGAAAUGCCUCAACAAAGCACAACCCUUAACUUCCGAAGGGAAGAGACAACCACAAAUGUAAAGACUCGCUUACCUUCUGCGGCAAGUGCUUGGAAAGUAAACGCUUCAUUUCUCUUGAUGCUCAAUGCUGUGGUCAUGCUGGCUGGCUGAGGGGCCGCAGCGUUUGAAGCCAAUGAAAGAGCUCCCCCCUGAUGUACAGUUGGGAAAAUAUGCCCCUAUCUAACCAGUGAUUCAAGCUACAUAAGUAUUCGAGAAAGCCAGUCUCACAUUUCUGACUCUGAUGUACACGAAGUAACUUGUCUUAAAGAAAAGAAGUGCACAAUGUCUCGGUACUCGCUGCUAUUUCACUGUCUUAAGUAACACGACUGAGUUUCUUUCUUUUUAAUGAAAUGUUUUCUUUUUGAGGCUUCAAUUUACUGCACAAAAUGUAAAGCAUCUAAACUUUAAUAUGUAUUUUAUGUAUGUUUACACUGUCAAACAUCUGGGAAAAAAAAAAAAUAAAAGGUCUAUGCUCAUAA